GGCAGUAAAAUGAAGAGUUUGGUUUUAAUAGUUGUGUUGUUAUUAAGCUACAAGGUGCAGUGCAAGUCUACACUGGAUACACCUGAGCUAAUAAAAAUGUUGCAGCCACUACAUGAUGCCUGCCAGCAAAGUUCAGGCGCUUCAGAGUCCUCCAUUGCUGCCUUUACUACAAGCAAAGGCAAAAGCGUCGCUGAUGCUCAACUCAAAUCCUAUAUGGCUUGUGUGCUUGAUCUAACAGGUACACUGGAUGCCAAUGGCAAUAUAAUGCUGGAUAAAUUGGUGGGCAUGCUGCCACCAGGUGUGGGCUCGAUCUAUGGUAAUAUGAUUAAAACUUGCACCAAGCUGCAGGGCAAAACAGCUGAGGAUAGAGCCUUGUGGUAUUUUCAGUGCGGCAUGAAAAAUGAUCCAGCUAAUUUUCGUUUAUUUUAAAUAACGAUCUGCUGCAGUUGUAACUGGUUAAGGGUUAUGUAUAAACAAGCAAUCAAGCUGUCAAAAGUUGCUUUAAACAUAGCUUUAAUAUUUCAAUUUGUUUGUUAAUAAGCACAAUUUGCAUUUAUUUAGUUUUCAAUAAA